CAAAAUUGGAGAUUUUUAAAUCUUAUCUCUGGUGAUUGUUUCGUACGUGUCCAAGAUUAUGCAACUCUAAUGUCAACCGUCUUCCAUAUAUUAAACUACAACUUGGUGAAUAAUCAAAACCAAACUGAGAAUUGUUUAGCGGAAAAUGGAAAUGACAAAUCAUCCACAUAUUUUGCUAUAUAUAUUUUCUAAACGUUUCUUACACUGAAACAACCAAUCCUAUACACAAUGGCUUCAAGAAAACCUGUUAAUCGCCCAUCCGUGAGGCACGCGAGUCACAACCAUCCGCUGCGUGUCUUUAAAGCUCGAGACGAAGAUGAGGUCGUUUGCUCUGGAUGCGAGCUCGAGCUAACCGGACAAGCUUUCAAGUGUAUGAAGUCAGAUUGUGAUUACUUCUUGCACAAGUCAUGUUUCGACCUACCUCGUGAAACCAAUCACAAGUCUCACCCAAACCACUCUUUGACCCUGCUUCAUUCCCCACCGUACGGUCAGUCUUACACAUGCGACGCAUGCGGUGAGUACGGAUCUGGUUUCACUUACAAUUGUUCUGAAUGUCAAUAUGAUGUUCAUGUCGGAUGUGCUUUUAUCCCUGAGACCGUGGAGCGCGAAGAUCACGAACACCCACUCACGCUUCUCUACAACACACCAUGCAAAGGUCGUGAGGACGGUGCUAAGUUCAUAUGUGAUGUUUGUGAAGAAAAAAUGUCGGAAAAUCUUUGGGUUUAUUACUGCAAAGAGUGUGAUUAUGGGACGCAUGUGCAUUCUUGCGCGGUCUAUGAAGAUCAUGAGUCAGAGAAAAGAGGAGGAGGUAGGGAAGAAGGAGAAGCGAGCUCUGCGGUUUCAAGGAUGAAAUCGUUGAUGAAGGCUCAAGAUGAGAUGGCGGCGUUACAGCUCGAGGCACGUAUUAGAAACGACACUAAUAAUGCUAUACUCGAUUUAUGGGAUAGUCCAAAGCGGAGAUAUUAUUAUUGAUCGAAUAAACGAGUGAUCAAUUUGAUACAAUGAUUUUAUUUUAUUUUGAAUAAUAAUAAUGAAGCUUGUGAUUGUUCUUUCUUUUGAAAAUUUUGUUUUCUCGUGUGAUAUGUUGUAAGUAUUUUUCUCAACUAUCCAAGUCAAUCUCUGUACCCUAAUAUAGAAGUUAAUUAUAGAUGACGUUAUAUACAUUUUCCACAUAAUAAAAUCGUAAUUUCGAGUUU